UGAAGUUCUUCGACUGACUGAACACUCUGAUCAGUCACGUACAACUUUACAAAAUGUUGAAGACGGGAAAUGGAGGAUAAGAGAAAUCCAAAUGGAACAAAAUUGCUGUCUGUUGUGGACCGAUUAUCUUGUCACAGUCAUAUUGAAUCUUCGAAAACUGAUAUUCCACAAACUGCCAGCACUUUGUACUGUAGCUCAAGAAAUGGACGAAACGUGAUAGUUCAAAACAAUGCCACGUUUUAUAAAAAUAUCAAUUUCCAUCAAUACUCUAAUUCUGCUAAUAAUCCAUACGCAAACCUGCAAAUGACAUUGAAACCAGGUGCUCCAAAUGGCUUGGCAAAACCCUCUGUUUGCUUUUGUAAAAACAAUGUUAAAAGUAAACCUGAAGAAGUUGGUAAGAAGUUGAUCAAAUGCAAUGGCAAUGUUAGUAGUGUCCAUUCAGCCAAUCUCUCAGAAGAUAAUGAAAUUUUGAAGAAACGUUAUGUGAAACCUGGCUAUCAUGAAAGUAAAUUCCAAUUGUAUGAGAAUGUGUUGCUGAAAGAUGGUUUUAAACUAUCAACUAUAGCUAAUAUUGGUGAGAAAAUUAAGGAAAAUCACAUAGUUGUAGGAGAAAGCGGUGAUGUUCAACAAGUUGGACAGAUAUUAAGUAAAGAAAAAUCGGCAAAAGUAGAUACCACCAAACCACUUGGCAUUGAUUGGAGAACGCAAAACACCCUGAAGACAAAGAUCUUGUCCUGCGGAGUUUGUCUAGAAGAGUUUCCAUAUGUACUGAGUUUGGAAAGGCAUCGCAAGGGGAAAGGUCACUAUCUUUGCAGUAAUUGUGGUGAAGUUUUGCCAACUGAAGAGGCAUUUAAAACACAUCGUGACAAGAGUCUAUGCAAGCUGAUUCAGUGUCCAUUUUGCAGCAUGAAGUUUGUUAAUCGUGACGAACUUGAAGAUCACAAGGCUGUCGUGCAUUUUAAAUGUCUGGAGUGUAAUAAAAUUUACGAGAAUGCUGAAAAAUUGGCAGCUCACAACGAAAGGAACCACAGUCCGCCUUAUACAUGCCUUCAAUGUGGCGUUGAAUUUCCCACUUUUUCCCAGUGUAGGAAACAUGCAACUCGAGCGCACAAGAAAAGGUUUUUCUGUCCCGAUUGCGGACUUGGUUUCACGAGAAUGAGCGUUCUAAAACGCCACUCGCAGUACACACAUACUAAACAAAGGAAUUUUAAAUGCGAGAUUUGCAGCAAGACUUUUAAAAGACCCGACGCUCUGAAGAUUCACAUGAUAACCCACGCUGACGUUAAGCCCUUCCGUUGUAACGAAUGCGGUAGACAGUUCAACCAAAAGGUUUGUUAUACCAAACAUCUACCUUGCAAAAAAGGUAAGGUGAAAAAAGUGGCUUCUGAAAGUAAAUGCGAUGAAAGCGGCAACGAGAGUGCUGAAGCUAAAAAAGUUCAAGAAAAAGAGGCCAAGUGUGGAAGAAUAUCGUGCAAAGGUGAUAAUGUUUUUGGUGAAAGUCGGCGUAAGAUUUUCGAUGACAGUUUAGUCGGAGCUGAUAGAAACGAAAAAGAAAAACAACACGAUGCAUUAACGAGUGCUGCACUUCUUAAAAGUAGCAUUGAUGAAUCUUAUGACAAAACAGUUGAAGUUGAAGACGUCAGUUGUCGCUGUCCACCAACGUGCAAAUGUAAGAGGUUUUCUUUGUCGCUGGAAGUACAGACCAAUGAAACAAUUGGAUCUUUAUUCAGGUCCUCGAAGGAACUAUCUUGUAUCUCGUGUUGUUGCGAUACCGACACUCUUUUCAAUCAAUCGCAAUGCGGGCACUCUUGAUCUGCUCAGAAUUUCAUUUUUGGCCAUCCAAAUCCAAGUUCUAACUCCGAAUCAGGCUGCUUUGUAUUUUAUUAGUAAAUUGUGGACGAAAAUAUCAAGGUGAAACCUGCAUAGGUUUACAUUUGGUCAUAAAUGUAUGUUGAACAUUAAUUGAAAUAUCUAGAAAUGCGUUUUAAAUUUAUUUUUGCAUAAAUAGAAUUCAUUUUAUACUUUUUUUCA